CCGAUCGACACACACAAAAAAAAAAAAAAAAGUCCAAACACUUUGGCCUCUUUGAGCGUCGUAAUUUUCCGAAAGCUGAAGUGGCCGGAACUGUGGCCAAAGCACAGCAACCAAACAAAUAUUACAUCUGCGAGGGCACAAACCAGGGCAUACGCUGGACUAGUGCGAUCGUAUGCAAUCGUAUACGCAGGCACAUUCACACUGGAGAGAGAGUUGUGUAGGAAGGAAUCUGUGAAGUGAAAGAGCGGUUAAUAGGUGAAGAUGGGAAGAGGAAAGAUCGAGAUCAAGAGGAUUGAGAACACCACCAAUCGUCAGGUUACCUUUUGCAAGCGCAGGAAUGGGCUGCUCAAGAAAGCUUACGAAUUGUCAAUCCUUUGUGAUGCAGAAGUAGCCCUAAUUGUCUUCUCCAGCCGUGGCCGCCUCUACGAGUACUCCAACAACAACAUAAGAUCAACAAUAGAGAGGUACAAGAAGGCAUGUUCAGAUAGUUCAAACACAAACACGGUUACUGAAAUCAAUGCUCAGUAUUAUCAACAAGAAUCAGCGAAGUUGAGACAGCAGAUUCAAAUGCUACAGAAUUCUAACAGGCACCUAAUGGGAGAUUCCUUGAAUUCCUUAACUGUGAAGGAGUUAAAGCAGAUAGAGAAUAGGCUCGAACGAGGCAUUACUAGGAUCAGGUCAAAGAAGGAAAUUGAGUUGGAAAAUGAGAGCGUUUGUCUCCGAACCAAGAUUGCAGAAAUUGAGAGGCUUCAGCAAGCUAACAUCGUUACUGGAACUGAGCUGAAUGUUAUCCAAGCGUUAGCUUCUCGCAAUUUCUUCAGUCCAAAUGUGAUUGAGGGACCUGGAACUGCCUACUCACAUCCUGACAAGAAGAUUCUCCAUCUUGGGUAGAGUACAAGAGAAGCUGAUAUCUGAAAAUGGUGUUUUGAUAAUACAGUAAAUAAGCAUGCAUUUAAACCAUAUGCACUGUACAACUACUAUGAAGAUGUAACUGUUAAUUGUUAUGUGCUUGUUUUUGGAGUAUCAUUCUGAUAUAUAUGGACAUGUUUAAUUUUGCCUCUGAAACUGUUUUAUUAAUUAA